AUGAAAAACAAGGAUAAGCUCAGUAAGCCGUCGUCAGCUGGUCGUGUGGACGGCAAAGGCUUGUCCACAAAAUGGUCAUCAUACUAUACCGCUGGUGGGCGAAAGGAGAAAAAGACCAGCUCGGAAAGCCAGUCGCGCGAGGUUCAAGAACUCAAGGCACAAGUGGCACGGAUUCCGGAGAUUGUCCAAGAGCAAGUGCAACAACAACUGGGAACGACGCUCACCGCCAUGGUGCCUACCUUGAUUCAGGGGCUGACGACGUGGAUUGCGGGCGGCCAACAGGGGCCUCCCCCGGUUCCCAGCUUCACGGCCAGCAACUCGCACAACGCGCAGACGACGCCAUUGGUGUCUCCGGCGCCGGCACGGGAUCCGGACGACGACGACAACGACGACGGUACAUUUACCAACGUCGAUAAGUACUUUGCCGAACAUGGGUACGGUGACGAUUUCUGCGGGCCUCCUUCUCAAGAACCCAACCCUGAAAAAGACGACUGCGAUCUAGCUGGUACGGCGGAGAAACCCAAUUGCAACAGGCGUCGUCUGGCGUUCAGUUCUCAGGAGACGCCUCCAGCUGCCGCCUUCACCGAGCCUCAGAGAGCUGAGGACGGGCCACCUUCACCUAAGGAUAUCUCAAGGAGGGUGCAUGUGGCGGGUAGGGCGAUGCUACCAACAAAUAUGCUCAAUGCUGCAAUCGGUGCUAUGCGGAGUCUGCAUGACAGUGUUCUUUCUUUGGAGAAGCGGCGUCUCAGAGAGAAUGAUGUGGCAUACCCGGUUUUCGUAGCCAAGGUGCCAGAGGGCAAGGGCUUUGUGGAUAGCGCCGUCAGGGGUACGAUCGUCCUGCGGUUUGAUGACAUCUUUGCUAUGUUUAACCUUCAUCUGCUGCACUACACCUUCGUUCGGCUGUUUUCGCUGAGUAUGGAGAUGCGGAUCAUUAGAGACAAAACCCCGUACAUUGUGAUAGUCGACCCCUUCUACAUGCGUGCCAAGAUCUUGGGCAGCGCUGGGGACCGGCAAGUCGCGAGUUCACACCUCGAAGGCGUCAUUCUGGCAAACCCAGAUAAGGAUAACUUCCUCGUGCCUUACUUUCCCGAUGACACACAUUGCACACUCAUCCUCUUAAGCCCGAAAUAUUCCAUGGCCACGUAUUUCGACCCGGACCGUGACUCCAAGAUAGACUACACAAAUAUCAAGAAAGUUCUUGAUGAUGCUCUCCCCGGCUACGCCGCAUCUGGAGGCACCUUUAAGAGGCCAGUUAACGGGCCCUCGUCACCACCACGCUGUCACUGCCGCCGGAUAAAGGAGGAGCUGCCGCCCGCGAUCACGAAGGCACGUGGCCGCCUCCUCCACUACCUCAGAGGAGACGACUAUGGCUGUGCCUCCGGCUUGAGGGCCGUCGUAUCCGAGGCGGAGCGUGUGGCGAGGCUACAGGUGAGGUAUGACCAGUGCAAUGCCGGUCACCGCUCUGUGUUCGCCAAGACAGAUGUGGCGUCGGAAUGGGUCUGCAAAGACCUUGACCUCGCCGUCGCGUGGGCGCUCAACCGAUCCGUCACCACCGCAGAGACGGCCGCAUGGCGUCGCCGUCGCCUUGACAGCGAGCUCGCCAAGAUCGACGAGGAGUGGUCGCUUAGUGACUGCUUCGCUAAUGCCGGUAAGGGCAAGGCCGCCGCCAGGGCUCUGCCGCCGCCAUCGGCAGUGGCUAAGGCGGCCCUCUCCACCGCGCAACAGGAGGCGGAGCGGAUCCUCCGCGAGCGGCAGGCAGCCGCCAGACAAGGCUACUGCGGUCCUCAGGCAGCCUUGCACCACCAGAGGGACAACGACGAUGACGCUGCCGCCGACGGCAAUGCGUCAGGACAGGGCGGCCACACGUACAAGGUUGUCGUCCGGUAUCAGGUUUAG